CUUUGUUAUUUCAUUGUGUGCCGAGACGCGUCAUACGGUAAAGAGGUAGACGUAGGUUGGGGCCGAAUUGCGAAUUUAAUCCCAGCGGGACCUAUCGAGAAUUUUCCCUGAUACAUCCCUGAUUCAUUUGUCAACUGUGCGGUGAUGGGGAGGAAAAUUCGUCAGUGGAUGGCAUGUCUGACAUGUACAAUAUCAGUUGCCAUGACAGGGACUUCUUACGUCUGGCCAGCGCCUCUCCUGGUGCGUCUGACUUCACCUGAGAGCCCCCUGCCGAUGACCAGCACCGAAACCUCUUGGAUUUCAUCGUUCAUCGAGUUCGGCGAGCUGUUCACCACCAUUCCAGUCGGUCUGCUGGCAGAUAGAUAUGGAAGGAAAACCGUGAUGCAAAUUUCAGCCCCGCUCAUUCUGAUCGGUUGGAUUCUGACAGCGACCACAAGAUCUAUUCCCAUAAUUUUCCUUGUUCGGAUCAUCCACGGGAUAGCUGUUGCCAUCUCGUUCACCGUAGUGCCGAUGUAUAUCGCAGAAGUGGCCGAACCUAAAAUAAGAGGGGUGCUCGCAGGACAGUUCCAGUCUAUGUGGUACCUCGGUUGUUUGUACGCGUACAUCUCAGGUCCUUAUCUGUCGUACAACAACUAUGUUUACGUAUGUGCUGUCGUGCCUGUGAUAUCCUCAAUUCUCUUUUUAUACAUUCCCGAAUCGCCUUAUUAUCUUUUAAUGGCCAACAACGAAGAAAAAGCUAUUGAAUCGCUCAGCUGGCUCAGAGGAGGCUGCGAUAUCAAAGUCGAGUUUCAAGGGAUCAAAGAAUCCGUGGAACAAGACAUGAAAUUGAAAGGGAGUUGGAGAGAUUUGUUCGCGACGAAAAAAGACAGAAAAUCGUUUUUAAUCGUGCAGUUCUGCUGCUUGAUUAAAUACCUCGGAGGUAUGGCAGCUAUAGUUAUAUACGCUUCGCAGACUUUCCAAGAAGAGUUGAGCGAUUUAUUGGGAAGCGACGAGAUGACGAUCGUCUUCGGUGUUAUUCUUUUCCUCACGACAUUUUCCGCGGCGUUUCUGACAGACAAAGUCGGACGAAAACCUUUGCUCAUCUUUUCGUCUGCGGGUGCGGCCUUGUUCAGCGCAGUUAUCGCUUUGAUCUACUACUUAGAUAGCCACACUGAAUUAGAUGUCUCGUCGUAUAAAUGGACCAGUUACGUCUCGAUGAUCACGUUCUCGGUCAUAACGAAUAUCGGGCUUGGGCCGAUUAUGCAGACCAUUCAGGCCGAGUACUUCCCUUCUCACACGAGGGCCAUCGCAGGCGGCAUCACGGAGAUGGUCGGCGCCAUCGGAACUUUUGUCUGCAUCAUCCAAUACCAGACGAUCUGCGACUACUUCGGCACUUACAUGAACUAUGUCGUAUACUGUGUCGUAAAUAUCAUCGGUACGGUGACUUUCGCUAUUGUCAUCACGGAAACAGCGGGGAAAAGCCUUGGACAGAUACAAGAUACUUUCCAACAAAAAGCGAACGAUAAUAAAAUCAGUGCGUAAAAUUAUUUCUUUGUAUUUAUUCAAUAUAUACAAAAACACUGACUGAUAUAUACAUUGAAGAAUUAAAUGCAGUUUUUAUUUUAUUCUAACGAACCAUUUAAG